GGGCUAGCAUGACUGUGCUCCCCUUGCCGCUGCUCCUCACUGCUGUGGGCUUCUGGAUGCCACAAGAGUCCAGCUCCCGGCUGCUGCUCAACGACACCGAGCCCCUGUCCCCUGCCGGGAGCAGAGCCGCGGGGCUGCUGUGGGGCGCGGGGGUCCCCCGGGGCAAUCCGAAGCGGUUCCUCUCCCGCCGCGACAUGAGCAUGAUUUUGGACUACCACAAUCAAGUGCGGGCGCAGGUGUCCCCCCCCGCGGCCAACAUGGAGUACAUGGUCUGGGAUGAGCGGCUGGCCAGGGCAGCUGAUGCAUGGGCUGCGCGCUGCCUGUGGGACCACGGCCCCCCCGAGCUGAUGAAAUACGUGGGGCAGAACCUCUUCAUCCAGUCGGGCAGGUCCAUCUCCAUCAUCAACAUGGUGAAAUCCUGGCACCAGGAGAAGCAGCACUACUCCUUCCCGCACCCCCACGAGUGCAACCCCCGCUGCCCCUCCAAAUGCAGCGGCUCCGUCUGCAGCCACUACACUCAGAUGGUGUGGGCAUCCUCCAGCCGCCUGGGCUGUGCCCUCAGCACGUGCACCAAUGUACGCGUGUGGGGCAGCACGCUGAGGCACGCCGUCCUCCUCGUCUGCAACUACGCCUUCAAGGGCAACUGGCAGGGAGAAGUGCCGUACAAGGUGGGGCAGCCGUGCUCAGCCUGCCCCCCAGCCUAUGGCGGGGGCUGCUCCAACAACAUGUGCUUCACCGGACUCAAAUCCAACCAUGUCAGUUGAUUCUAGGGCUGCAGCCCCACGAGGAGCCUCCGGGAAUGGGGAUGGGGUGAACCGGAAUUAUUUAUAACACUGACCCCCCACCAGCAGCCCGGCUGUCCAACCUGCUUCAUCCCUAGUGUAGGAAACUGCUUUUAUAAGAUAAGAUCAUAAUUUUUAGCAUAUUAUA